CCUUUUCAUGCAAAGAAAUUCUACCGAGCUCCAAAAAAAUGCACUAUAUUUGUUACAAGUGCUACAAAAAGUACACGAAAGUUUAAGUCAUUUUGUGGAAUCCCUUACCUUUCAGCAGCAACAAGCGUUUGUUUCUGUUAUACUUGACCUGGACGCCGCUCAGUUCGGUCUAAGCAGAGUGGAAAGCAGGCUGGAACUUGCCAAGAGGAACGUCUUCGUGGAAACGUCACGAGACCAAGAAGUAACGGAAGUUGGUUGGGACUUGUUGGGUGUACAAAGAAAUCUGUAUGAUGGCUUUCAGAAGAUCGUCACGUAUUUGCUGGAUAGAAAUCGUGUCACACAACCUGAAGUGUCUUCAACAGGAAAGGUUGUAUCAGGAGGAACUGAGGACCAGAUUACGACAACAAAUUUCAGCAAGUCCUUUCGAGAUUCCCAAGAGUUAGAAACGCAAGACUCGAACUCGCUUGGUAGAAGCGUAGGAAAAAAUAUGGAUUUUCAUUUACAAACCUCUUGUGGAAGAAGUUAUAUGAUAGCUCUGUACAAUUUUGAGGGACAAGAAGCUGAUGAGCUAUCCUUCCGAAAGGGUGAUCAUAUUCAAGUAGUGGCAUAUGACACAAGUGGUUGGUGGUUGGGACAACUCCAUGGGAAAUAUGGUCUGUUUCCAGCAAAUUAUACUCGAAAAAUGCACAACCGUCAUUCUGCAACUUGGUGACAAUAAUCGCCGUUCUCAACAUCUUCGC